UGUGUUACUCACCUUAAUUCUCACCUUAAUCUUAUAAAAUUAUAAUAACAAUGUGAUCCUGCAAAUGGGUUUCGGAUUAUAUAUUGAGAAAUUUGUGGGCUUUUUCUGUUUUCAAAUUUAUGGGGUUUGAUUUUAUUAUCAUUUGUAUAAGUUGAAUCCAAAUAUAGAAAACUUAAUAUUGAUUUGGGAUCGUAAAAUACUUGUUAAUUUGAUUAAAAUAAAAAUGAUUUAAAAUUUGAUAUUAAUUGGGAAUUCGGUGAAAUUGGAGACUUUAUUCCGUUACAAUUGACAAUUAAAUUUUCCAUUUACCUGGGAUUGGCUGCAAGUGAUGAAUUUGUAACUGAUCUAAAUUGUUUGUUUGUUUCUCAUUGCUGGGCUUACAUUGUAUAUGCUUAAGGGUAUUGUACCACAAAUGCCAGAUGGUACUAGGGACGAACUCGGAACUCGUUGAAAGGCGCUAUAUUUAAUGCUUAAAUUGGAUGUUGAGUAGUUUAGCUGUUAGAAACGAGGCAUGGAGUUUUUGUGAUCUUUCUAAGUGAGUGAAAUUCAGUGAAGUUUUAGAUAUUGAUCAUGAUUUUUGUUAUAGGUAGUGGCAAGUAGUAACUAUUAGGUCUUAUAUAAAUCUUGUGUUACUUUCUAUUCUGAUAUGGGGCUGGGUGGUUGUAUCACAUUGUAGAUUAUUUUUCAUUAACCUUGAGACAAAAAUGGCAGCUGAAAACAGAAAUAUCUCUAUAUGCAUCUAGGAGUUUCUUGUAAUUUGAGGAUGAUAAGGAUGUGGUGUGCAGAACACAGGAAACAACUCGAUCAUGUUAUUCAUUAGAAAGUUAUGAGACGACUCUAAGCGUUUAGUGAUAGUUUUGCUUAAGCUAGUUGUAGUUUGAUUUCUAUGAUUUAUAGCUUGUUUGUCAUCUUGAUCAUUAGGUUCUUUGUCUAUGAACUCGGAGACUGCUAGGCCUUCUUUGUAUUCAUUGCAACGAAUUCAGGGAAUAUGUGAGAAAUCCAGCUUUCGAUAAUGAUAUUCCAUGGAGCUUUAGUUUCCUUUGGUGUUUAAUAUGGUGCCAUUCUGGAACAGGAAGUAAUUGGCUUAAGGGAAGUGGGGGUUGGUCACUUUAACUUCUUCUGCGAAUUUGUUUUCCAUAACACAUUAGCACAAUCAAAUUACUUCACAACCAUCAAGAUUCUCCGUGGAAGGAAUGACCCAAUCAACAAUUUAGUUUUUGUAUCAUCAUUUUCUACAGAUGAUGAGUAAUGGUAAUGGGAAAGUGCUAGUUAUUGACUAGAGAAAUUAAAAGCAAAUGUAGAAGUUAGGCCAUGAAAGAUGUCAAUGCUUAGUUUCAAAAGAAACAAAGUAUUGGAGAAAGAAGAUUGUGAAGGAGCUAAGGAAACAUAAUGUGGAUGUCAAAUUCUUGGAGUAGACCUAGUAAGGGAUUUUACAUGGAAAAAUGACUUUCCAGAUGUAGCAGACAUUAGUAAAACAAACAAAGCCUAAAUCUACUUCAUGGUGGCAAGGAAUAGAUUGUUCUAGUUUCUAUAGUUUAGGGGACUAUAUCUCUAUGUGCUCAAAUAAGUUUUGGGGCAGACUUUUUUUUUUUUUUUUGAGGCAAAAGAAACGGAACCUUCAUUAAGUAGUGGACAAAUUGUCCAUUAGUACAUACGGUGUUACAUCACUAGGACAAUGAUUAAUCCAAAUUUGCUCAUCACCGAAAGGCACCAAUUUAGCUAAAUGGUGCGCUACAAAGUUCCCGUUUCGCUUAACAUGAGACCAAUGAACGGAAGUGAAAAAAAAACAAACUUCUAAGACAUCUUCUAGCAAAGAAUCCAAAUCGGACAGAAAAAUAGCAGCUUUAGAGAGGCGAGAUAUGAUGCUCAUACAAUCAGACUCAAGAAUGAUGUCCUUGUACCCAUAUCGAUGAGCAAGGCGAGCAGCGAAGAGGAUGGCUUUACCUUCAGCUAUCUCUGGUGGCCAUCUACACUUUGUUCUCCUGGUACCAGCGAAGAGAACCUCACCCUUAUGGUUACGAGCAACAGCCCCAGCACCUACCCAACCUUCAACGCAAAGAGAUGCAUCGCAAUUGAUCUUGAUGAUGCCUUCAGGAGGGGCAGAGCAGAUAGCAGGGCUCUUCUUCCUUGUGACUACUUUCGAGCCAUAUAUGCGAGUGUUGUACUGGUCAUAGUCUGAAACAAGUUGCUGCAUUCUCGUUAUAACUAUGUUGUGAGGAGUCUCCUUGCCAUUGAAAACUUUGUCAUUUCUUCUAGCCCAUAUAAGCCUGAGUAAUGCAGCCCCCCUUUGUUGCAUCUUCACAUCCUCUUCACACCAUAACUCAAACUGAUCCUUAAAAUCAGAAGAAGCGCCAACCCCGACCAAUUUCUCGCAUUUAACCUCCACCCACAGGUCCUUGACAGCUGCACAGUUGAACAACGCGUGAUGCAUUGUUUCAACUUCAUUUCUGCACCACGGGCACUUAUCGUCAUCUGUCAUGUGUCUGAAUUUUAGCAGGGCACGCACGGGGAGGGAGUUGGUGCAUACCCUCCACAGCAGAUGGCGCACUUUAGGGACUGUACAAACUAAGGUUGUCAUACCAAAUCAUCAUGGUGAAAAGCUAGUGGGGAUAUUACAUGAUACAGGUUCCAAGGAGCUUGUAAUUGUGUGCCAUGGAAUAAAGUCUAUGAAGGAACGCAUUCCCAUGGUAAGCCUUGCUACUGCUAUAGGAAAUAUUGGAAUGAGUGCCUUCCGCUUUGACUUUGCUGGAAAUGGCGAAAGUGAAGGCUCAUUUCGAUAUGGCAACUAUCGCAGAGAAGCCGAAGACUUGCGUGCUGUUGUCCAACAUUUCCGUGGAACUGGCCAUGUCAUAACCACAAUCAUUGGUCAUUCUAAAGGUGGAAAUGUGGUGCUGCUGUAUGCCGCUAAGUACCAUGAUGUUCAUAGAGUUGUAAAUAUCUCUGGCCGCUUUGAUCUUGAAAAAGGCAUUGAGGGUCGCCUGGGCAAGAAUUUUCUGGAAAGGAUUGAGAGCUCUGGAUUUAUUGAUGUUCGUGGUAAAAGUGGAAAAAUCCAGUAUCGCGUAACUAAGGAGAGCUUAAUGGAUCGUCUAUCUAUGGAUGUUCGAGCAGCAUGCCACUUAAUACCUGAGAACUGCAGGGUUUUGACUGUUCAUGGUUCCAUGGACCAAAUUGUAUCUGUUAAAGACGCCUUGAAAUUUGAUAAAAGCAUUACCAAUCAUGAGCUUCGAAUUAUAGAAGGGGCUGAUCACGAGUAUACCUUGCAUCAAAAAGAAUUGGUACGAGUAGUUCUUGAUUUUAUCAGAUAUCAAAUUCAAUGCAAUGACGGGAUGAAGCACUCACCAUCUCACGUACGAGGUCGGCUUUAAUAGUUUUCUUUACAUCAGAGUAUGCCUAACGCAACAAACACCAGGAGGCAAAAGGGGUCGGAACCUUGAAGACUCUAAUACACCAGGAUCUAGAAUCAGGGAACAAUAUUCUAUGGCUCAUAACCUGUAUUAUGUAAUUUUUUUUCUUUAGGGUAAUCCAUUGAAACUUUUACACAUUGUAUGACCUUUUUUUCAAACUUUUCAGGAAUGAUUGAAUUUAUAAAAAUUACGAAGUCUAUUUUUAAGAAACUACCGUUUUCCAAAAAAGAUGCAUCAUUGGAAAUCUGUAAUUGAUAAGAAAAAAUCCUUGAUUCCUUAUAGCCCAUUUGAGGUGUUGAUAGAUUUUACA